AAUUUCUUUCGAAUCCUUUGCAGACAAGCCAAGCAAUUCCAACUUUAGCUGUUACUCUCUCUGUCUACUGUCUAGAUUUUUUUAUUAUAAACUUCUGUCUCUCUGAAAAACAAAAAAAAAGUAAACCCUAAUUUUCUCUUCUAAUUAAUUUCCUCAUCCGCGAUCUCUCUAUUGAUGGCUUCUGGAUCGUCAGGCGGGGCCAAUUCUGGCUUCAAGGGCUUUGAUUUUGCUUCCGAUGACAUUCUCUGCUCGUAUGAAGACUACGCCAACCAGGAUUCUACUAAUGGAGAUCACUCGGAUCCAGUGAUUAGUUCCAGUUCCAACAAGGAUUUUCAAAGGAACAGAAGGUCAAGACCAUCAGUGUAUUCUGGGAAUGCCUAUGGCCAGCCGGAAGAUUCUCUCAACCAAGAUGUAACUUCUAUGGUUGAACUAACCAUGAAAAAACAUACUGAUAACCUCAUACGUUUUCUUGAGGGAAUUAGUUCACGUUUAUCACAGUUGGAAUUGUAUUGUUAUAAUCUUGAUAAAUCAAUGGGUGAAAUGAGGUCUGAAUUAGUGCGUGACCAUUCAGAAGCAGAUACAAAGCUUAAAUCACUUGAGAAACAUAUUCAGGAGGUCCACAGAUCUGUGCAGAUCCUAAGAGACAAGCAAGAACUUGUUGAGACACAAAAAGAGUUAGCAAAGCUUCAACUUGUGCAGAAAGAGGCAUCCUCUUCAAGCCAUUCACAAUCCACUGAGGAGAGAGCCUCACCAGCUGCCUCUGAAGCUAAAAAGAACGAAAAUGCUUCUGAUAUGAACAAUCAGCAAUUAGCUCUGGUCCUCCCCCAUCAAGUAGCUCCACAGCAACAGCCUGUGGCACCCCCUUCUCAGCCACCUGUGCAGAAUGUGACACAUCAGCAAUCCUAUUAUAUGCCUGCAAGCCAAUCACCAAACCCCCCAGCCCCAGUUCCAGUCCCAGUCCCUGUCCCAAGUCAACAGCCUCAAGGUCAAUAUUUGUCUUCUGAUCCUCAAUACCGAACUUCCCAAAUGCCAGAUCCUUCUAGGUUGGCCCCACAGGUUACGCAAUCUCAGGUUAAUCCAAUGCCUCCUGGCCACCAGUUUCCCCCUCAGUAUCACCAGCAAUGGCCACAGCAGUUACCUCAGUCAGUACAACAAACACAACAGCCCUCAAUGCAGCCCCAGAUCAGGCCCCCAUCAACCGCAGUUUUCCCAACUUAUGCUCCCACCCAACCAACAAGUCCACCUCCAGAGAUGCUGCCAAGUAGUGGAUCUAUGCAUGUGUCAUAUUCAGGAGUUCCUCAGCCAGUAUCUAGCCGUGCUGAUGUGAUGCCUUAUGGAUAUGGAGCACCUGCUAGAACAGUUCCGCAGCAAGCACCACCACCUCAGCAAAUUAAGAGCAGUUAUGGGCCACAACCUGGUGACGGUUAUGCAGCUGCUGGGCCACUUCCCACUCUUCCUCCAGGUAGUGCAUAUAUGAUGUAUGAAGGUGAAGGGGGCAGAAUGCAUCAUCCAUCCCAACAAUCUCACUAUGUACAGGGUGGAUAUCCUCCACCAAAUUCUCAACCUACUGCAGGUACUAAACUUAUGACCCGGACUCCAAACCAUUCACAAUUCUUGGGCAACCAUCUGCACAAUGAGUUAAUUGAGAAAUUGGUGAGCAUGGGUUUUAGGGGUGAUGUUGUGGUGAGUGUGAUUCAGAGAAUGGAAGAGAGUGGUCAGCCUGUGGAUUUUAAUGCAGUGCUUGACAGGUUGAAUUUGCAUUCUUCUGGGGGUUCUCAGAGAGGAUGGUCAGGAUAGUCUUGCUUUAUUAGAGUGACAACUAAAUCUUUGCAUCGCAGUGAAUAAAGGUUUCUUAACUUA